UGUCCUCGUCCGUUUCCCUGUCUCCUCAUCUCUCUCUCUCUCUCUCUCUCUCUCUCUCUCUCUCCCCGUUCCCGACGAUUCCUCCCUCCUCUGAAUACUCCGUACCCCUGCUCUCUCCUCCCUCUCUCACACGAAAGCGACGUAGGGAGAGAAAGAGAGAGAGAGAGAGAGAGAGAGAGACAAUCCCUCUGAUGCGAUCGCCACAAACCCUAACCCUAACCCCCACUCCGAUCCCUCGCCCAUGGCUUCCUUCUCCGUCGCCGAAACCCUAGCCAGUGGCCCUCUCCGAUGCCCCUCCGAUCCCCUAGCGCCCGAGCCCUAGCCCUGAUCCCAUGCUCGUUGAUCAUGGCGUCCGCCGACAAGUGGCUCUUCCCCCUCGUCUCCGUCUCCUUCGUCUCCCUCCUCCUCUUCCUCUCCGCUCUCUCCGGCUUCUCCGCCUCCUACGCCCUCUUCUCCACCCAGCCCCCGCCCUCCUACGUCCGCCGCGGCGCCGCCCACCCCCCCUCCUUCGCCUACCUCCUCUCCGGCGCCCGCGGCGAUUCCCGCCGCCUCCUCCGCCUCCUCCUCGCCGUGUACCACCCCAGGAACCGCUACGUCCUCCAUCUCUCCGCCGACGCCCCCGACGCCGAGCGCGCCGACCUCGCCGCCACCGUUCGCCGCGCGAUCCCCGCCGUCCGGGCCUUCGGGAACGUCGACGUCGUCGGGAGGCCCGCCGCCGGCACCCACAUGGGCUCCUCGGGCCUCGCUGCCACGCUCCGCGCGGCCGCCGUGCUCCUGCGGCUCGACCCUGGGUGGGACUGGUUCGUCACACUCAGCGCCGCUGACUAUCCCCUCGUCACGCAGGACGAUUUAAUUCAUGUAUUCUCCUCUGUGCCAAGGGAUCUCAACUUCAUAGAUCACAGUAGCGACGUUGGUUGGAAAGAAUUUCAGAGAGUUCAACCAAUUAUAGUAGAUGCUGGCAUCUACUUGGCGGGGAGGAAUCAGUACUUCCAAGCCUCAGAGAAGCGAGCAACUCCGGAUGCUUUUAAGUUCUUCACAGGUUCUCCGUGGGUCAUUCUAAGCAGGCGCUUUAUAGAGUAUUGCAUUCUCGGUUGGGACAACCUUCCUCGAACCCUUCUUUUGUACUUCACGAAUGUUGUUCUAUCCCAAGAAGGCUAUUUCCACUCAGUCAUGUGCAACUCCCCAGAUUUCCAAAACAAAACGGUGAACACCGAUUUAAGGUAUAUGGUAUGGGACGACCCACCUCAAAUGGAGCCCCACUUCCUGAAUGUAACUGAUUUUGAAGGUAUGGUAGAGAGUGGAGCCCCCUUUGCUAGACAAUUCCGCGAAAAGGAGCCUGUGCUCGACAAAAUCGACGAGAAAAUACUUGGAAAACGGCGGCACAGGCCCAUCCCUGGUGCUUGGUGCUCGGGAAAGAAGAGCUGGUGGAGCGAUUCUUGUUCGCAGUGGAGCAAUGUUAAUAUUGUGAGGCCGAGCCCUCAAGCUGAGAAACUAAAACAAUCAAUUAAGGAGCUUUUAGAAGAGCCAAAGCGUGGGCUGCACUCGUGCAAGCAAUAGUAUUAUACUUUCGUAGGUUGAUAGCCGGGAAUGGAGGUGAGAUUCAACGACGGCAACCACAAUGAUGGUGAUAAUUCUUUUCCAUUAUUUUUUCUUGUUAUGUUGUGGCUUCAGAGUUAGCAUGUGAUUAUUUGAUGGUGAUAUCAUGCGUCAGAAGCCCACUGUUGUUAGAAGCAAAUAAGGUGUUUCGUUUUUUGGGGUGGGGGAGUUGCUGCCAAAGUGUUAGGGCUACUGUCAAUAGCAGAAAUGGAGAGAAUUGAUGUACUUUUCUAUACAGAAAGCAUGGGAUAAAAGAGGGGGAAAAGAACUGUUUCUUGGCUUUUUGUUUUGCAUACUUUGGUCCUGCCGUUAUGAAUUUCAUCUAAUACAGCUUUAUAUACAGAAUCUUUUGAUAGUGUUUGCUAGUCGGAAACUGCGAUGGUCUAUGCAGGGUUUCACGUGGAUUUCCAUACUGCGUCGUCGAUCUAUGUUAACUGGCUGAAGGCAUCAUUGCCAAAUUCGACCUAGCGAGAGUUACUGUAAGGAAAUCAUCUGCCAUACCACAUCUGUGUUAAUUGUUUGUUUUGCCCUAGCAAAAGCGGGGUUUCAUGCUUUUUCUAUGUCACUAGAAGCUUCUGAAUUUGUCAUGCUUGCUCUCCACUUUGGCUCGGGGUUAAGUGAUUGUUUCGCACCUGUAUCUUUCUAUAAGGAGAAAAAACAAGAUUUUCAUGGAAUUGUUUCAUGGAUUCGCAGUUUUGGACCUCACAGGAUGAAGUGAUAGUGGUUGCAUGUUACUGAGGUGAUGUAGGUUCGAUCCAGUCGAUCGGAGAUCAUUCGUGGCUUGCAUUUGGAGCUCCAGCAACAAUAGGCGGCUUGUAUGAUCAGUUUGUCUUAUCAACUGAUUAUGUACCUAUGGAGAAAUGGUCCAAUUAUUGCAGUUCUAUCUGCAGGUAAUUCAGGUGAUAGAUACUUUGGUGACAUGAUCUGCUCAACAUCCAAGCAGAAUGAUAGUAUACUGCAUUAUUUUUGACGGUGCGAGGACAAACAGGAUGAGUUGUAGUUGUGGAAACAUGCAGUCAAGUGAUCAGUUUCCCAUCUGCAUUUGUUUAUCACAUCACCUUGUUUGGAUAUGUGAACAUUCGUUUGAUGUAUUUCUCCAAAUUUACUCUUCUUAAGAAGCAAAAAUUAAUUCCCUUACUAUUAA